AGUGAAAUACGGAGGAUAGUGUGUUAUAAUCAGACAAUUUAUGAUGACCAACAUGUGGAGUUGGAUGAGUAUGCAGGUCUCACCCUUGGAAUUGAAGAUAAUCGAUUGACAACAAUUAUAACACUAGUAAAGGCAGAAUAUGACCUGGCUGCAAUCCUUAUUAUAGACAAUGACAGAGCUGAAGUAGGUCUAGAAUUAACGUAUUUUACUGUCUCAGAGAGUGCUGGCAGUGUGGAGCUCUGUGUUGCUGUCUUCAGUCCCACAUACAGUGUCCAAUACCGUUUCCUCUUCCCAUCAUUCUCACAGUGUCCAAUAGGAGUACGGCCAGCCAAACAGAUUUCAGAGAUUUCAAAACUGAUAUAUCACUUGAAGCCUGUGAGACACGCAGAUGUGUCAAUGUUGAGAUUGUAGACGAUUCAAUCAAUGAAGGCGAUGAGACACUCUAUGUGACCCUCACAACGACACCAAAUCUAACAUAUAGGAUUCAGCUUCAUCCUCAAGUUGCAGAAUUCAGGAUAAUUGACAAUAAUGACCCCCUGGACGUGGAGAUCAUAGACUUAUCGUAUUCCGGAGUGAUGGAGGCUGGAAUGCUGGGUCCAACUCUUACCUGCAGAGUUACUGUAACAGAAGCAGAGAGAGCUACAGUUCUUUCCCCAUCUGCUCUCUGGCUGAGAUAUUCCACUCUUUCAGCUGUCCCAGAAGAUGAUAGCUCUGUUUUUACUACGACAACUAGAAAUGCUACAACUGCUACCACCAUUAUCUCCUUCUCUUUACUUUACACCUCCCAUGCUGGACCGUACACUUGUCGAGUUAGUGCAACAAAUGCUACGCCUUCAUUUUCACCCCUGAUCACCCUGACUGUCAAAUUGCCCACCCCAACUGUAAACCUAAGUCAAGAUGCGAGUGGUUUACUCUAUGAAGGAAGUGCUGUGACGAUGACCUGCGCUGCCACCCUACCUCCUUCAGUAGACACUGAUGUGAAUGUUACUGUACAGUGGACACCAGCUAUCUCCAGUGACAGAGUCUCCAUAUCCACUCCCUCUAGUUCAAGAUCUCCAUUUACCUCAACACUGACUAUCAGUCCACUGGCCAUUGCUGAUACUGGCCAGUACUACUGUGAGGUCACUGUCCACUCAUCAUCUCAAUACAUCGUAGCCAGUGAUCCUGGAAUAAGUCCACGAUUUAACCUGAUGGUCCAAAGUGUGGAGCAAAACUUGAAUGACACUGUUGGUUCUGGUGGCGAUCAAGGUUCUACAUCUUCUACUCUUAUUAUUGGAGUGGUGGUAGUCAUUGCCCUUAUUAUAAUAGCCAGCAUUAUCCUUCUCAUUAUCGUUGUGUUUGUCCUAAGGCGCCGUCACUCAGCAUACUCUCUCAAGAAUGGAUUCAAAUUGGAGAACAGCGAAAAAAAGACAAUACAAUCAAGACCUCCGCUAAUGAAUCCUAUGGGGAAAUAAAACAAGGAGAAGAGCAUGAGAUGAUAGUCAUGUCUCCAAGUGGUCCAACAGCUCCAACUGAUGAAGAGGGAAUGUAUGAGAUUCCUUCUGUCUCUACACAACCUCUCCCUGCAAUACCUCCUACCGGUGACAGGGAGGAGAAAGAGGAUGGAGUUUAUGAAGCCAUCCCGGGACACAAUUGACAGUUACAGUACAAAAGUACAAGACAAUACCUGAACGAUAAUGAUUGGAAAGUAGUUGUUUAAUAAUCGUUUUUCAUUGCUUAGAAUGGGAACUGCUGUGAACGUGAAAUCUGAACAGGAAAAGUGUUGCCCAGCACUCUCGGCUUAUGCGAUCUCCAGUACAGUCACUAGUAAAGUACUGUGAGAAACAAACAUUGUCCUGUCAGUAUAUAGAGAGACAAGCUAAGAUAAACCAUGUCUCAAUAAACACUGCAUUAGCCACACACACA